AGGGGUUGAGGGGAGGACUUGGGAGGACUGGAAUCUGACAGAGGAGCUUAAGUUUAAUGCUGUGAUUUCCUGGGGUUUCCCCAGGCUGAGCUCCAGGGCUUAUGGAGAAUUGGCUUGGGAGAGCAGGGGCAGGGAAGAUAGCUUUUUUUUUUUUUAACCUAUAACAGUGAUUCCCAACCUUCCUAAUACCAUGACCCUUUGAUACAAUUGCUCAUGUUGUGGUGACCCUCCCCGACCAUGAAAUUAUUUUCAUUGCUACUUCAUAACUGUGAUUUUGCUACUGUUACAAUUCGUAAUGUAAAUAUCUGUGCUUUGGGGUUGGGGAUUUAGCUCAGUGGUAGAGCGCUUGCCUAGCAAGCGCAAGGCCCUGGGUUCGGUCCCCAGCUCUGAAAAAUAGAAAAGUAAAAAAAAAAAAAAAAAAAUCAGUGCUUUCUGAUAGUCUUAGGUGACCCUAUGAAAGGGUCAUUUGAACCAUCCCCCACCCACCCACUCACCCCCUAUAAAGGGGAUUGCAUCCCACAGGUUGAGAACCACCGUUCUAUUGCUUGCUGCCUGCUGCCAAUCCUGCCUCAGAUGCUUCUGGUCACUGGUCUUGGUUUCCUCAUUCGUGUAGUGAGGGAGGGUGCAUGGCUUGCCAGCUCUGAGUGUCUUGGAAGCAGAACCUGCUACAUCAUUUGUGGGGCCCAGUGUGAAUGAAAAUGUAGUCCUCUUAAAAAAAAAAUUAAAUGUUGUCUCUAGACAACAACAGCAGGAGGACAUAUCCAGCAUGGCCUCUUCUGAAGGCAGGGCCCUGUGUGAAUGUACAGGUGAGGUUCAGGGGUGAGAGAGACCAGCUGUUGGGGCCAUGGACCUCUCUCCCAUCUGCCUUUCUCUUCUGAGCUUGACCUGAAAGGCACUGUGAGAGAGUGGGUGACACCCAGGGGCCGAAGCACCUAGGCUGAAGUGGACAUCAGAUGGCCUCUCUUCGGGGAGAUUUCUGUUCUUUCUGAGUCAGGAAUCAUGCAGAAUGAUUGGUUCCUGACUGGAGGAGAGAGAGCCCCUGCUCCUCCCACCCUGAUGCCUGCUUACUCCCUCUGGAGCAGUUCUGAGCUGAGUUAAUCCAGUAGGGCAGGAGAUGGGACUGAAGGAGCCAGCCAUGUAGGGAGAGCUUCCGAAUUAGACAGGUCUGAAGUAGAUGGGCACCAGGCUGUCCAGCCACCCCGGCUGCACUUCCCUUCUCUGUGCAAGAAGACUGGAGUGGAGCCUGCCUGCUAAAGUUGGGAAGCCUGAAGACCAGUGAGAGCUCUUCACAUUGUCAGAGGGACUGGGAGACCACUUGGUCUUGUGAGGAGGUCCAAGGACAGAAACAGAGUAGAGAGAUGGCAUUAGAGCUGUUCCUCUGGUUCCCCUGUCACAGCUCCUCCCUGUGACCCAGAUAGGGUAAUCUGUCUCCAAAGAGAGGCCCUGGGGUAGUGGCUUCCCAAGCCUGAGCUAGAGGUCAAGGAGACCCAGGAGAUUGUGUCAGAAUAGAGAGAUUCGCAGAGUUCUCACAGUGAGCAUUAGAGUUUGGGGGUGUCUUUUAAGCUUUGACAGAUGUAGCCAUCAGGAGAGUCUGUGUGAGCCCAGCUCCUGCGGCACAGCAGAGAAGGGGAACAGAGGGAAAAGCAUGAAGGGAAAGCCAAGCGGGCUCUACUGAGGAAUGCUUCCAGUCUAGGAGCUGUGACCGAAGGGUGGAGGAUAGCCUACAGUGGGCAGUGAGAAUUGUGUUUAGGAUGAAGACAGGGUAUGUCUUGGAGGUAGACCAGCCUUGGGUCAUCGUGCUCUUUAACCUGAAGUCAGCUGACCUGGGUGAGUGGGCAGCAGCCCAACCACUCUUUAUUGAGCCCUUGGUUACUCAUUAACCCUGCGUUAUGAGGUUUUCCUGGAACCUUUGGGGAGGAGGAACCAGCCACCAUUCCAGCUGGGUGUCUCAACUCCAAAGUGUAUCCCAUGAAGCAUGAGCUCAGAUGGGAAAUUUCUUGAAUUUCCCACUGAGACAUUAAAUUACUAGGGCUUCCUCAAGCAAAGCUAUAGGGGAAAAAACCGAAUACAAACGUAAGGUGUUUUUCUUUUCUUGUUUAUUUGUUUUGAGACAGGGUUUCACUCCGUAGCCCUGGAUGUCCUGUAGCUCACUCUGUAGACCAGGCUGGCUUUGAACUCAGAGACAGAUCUGCCUGCCUCUGCCUUCUGAGUGCUGAGAUUAAAGGUAUGUGCCACCAUGCCUGGCUUUAAAUGUGUAACCUUUCAAGAAUGUGGUCCCUCUGGGUGUGGGAGGUGGAGAAGUCGAAGUAUGUGGCAGUGGGGGAACCCCACUAUGGGGAAGAAAAGAAUAGAAAUGACAAUGUCAUACUGAGCUCUCUUGAGCAAGAGGAGUCUGCAGCUUAGGCUGGUUAGACUGGAAGUGAUGUACUAGAGAAACAAGGCAUCACUGAACUAACUGGCCUAAAAGGAACUCUUAAUUUCUGGAGAGACUAAGGAGGGAGGGAGGUGUGUCUCCUGCAAGGUCUGCAAGCCUCACCCCCACUUCCCCCCUCCACCAGUCUCCCCGCCCUGAUCCACCAACUUCCGCCCAAGCCAGCCAGGAUCUGUCACAACUCGAGGUAGAAAUUCUGGUUUCCCUGGCCUGAAACCCACACUGGCUCUGGCAGGAUGAGUGCCUGGAGGGCCGCGCUCCCAUUCCAGCCAGGCUGAGCCUGCUUUCCAUGCCCGGACCCCCUUCCUUGCCUUGGAUGGCACCCUGAUUCAGGGUUUGAACACAGGACUUCUCCGUGUGGCUGGCUCAAGGUAGGAGACCAGAGGCACAGCGUAGGCCACAGCAGCACCCUGCACAGAGGGCAUCAGCAGGCAACAUCGAAUCUGGGAAUGCAUGGAAGUGAGACUCCGAGGGCCCUUCCAGAGAGGAACUUCUGCCCCUCCAGGGCUUUCCUAUUGGCCCUCAGGAAGGGUGUGGUAAGCAUGGCUAACCCAGAAAGUGCCUGUUUCCUCAGAACCAUCUGGUGACUGUCUCCGGAUGACCAUGGCCCUACCAUCCCUGGGCCAAGACCCCUGGAGUCUCCUGAGUGUUUUUUUCUUCCAACUGUUCCUGCUGCUGUCACUGCCACCAGCUUCCGGGACUGGUGGGCAGGGACCCGUGCCCAGAGUCAAGUACCAUGCGGGAGAUGGGCACAGGGCCCUCAGCUUCUUUCAACAAAAAGGCCUCCGGGACUUUGACACCCUGCUCCUGAGUGGAGAUGGCAACACUCUGUAUGUGGGGGCUCGGGAGGCCAUCUUGGCCCUGAAUAUCGAGAAUCCAGGAAUCCCAAGGCUGAGGAACAUGAUACCCUGGCCAGCCAGUGAGAAAAAAAAGAACGAAUGUGCCUUUAAGAAGAAAAGCAAUGAGACACAGUGUUUCAACUUCAUUCGUGUGCUGGUCUCUUACAAUGCCACUCACCUCUAUGCCUGCGGGACUUUUGCCUUCAGCCCCGCCUGCACCUUCAUUGAACUCCAAGAUUCCUUCCUGUUGCCCAUCUUGAAGGACAAGGUCACAGAUGGGAAGGGUCAAAGCCCCUUUGACCCUGCUCACAAGCACACAGCUGUCUUGGUCGAUGGGAUGCUUUAUUCUGGCACCAUGAACAACUUCCUGGGCAGCGAACCCAUCCUGAUGCGGACACUGGGAUCCCAGCCUGUUCUCAAGACUGACAUCUUCCUACGCUGGCUGCACCCGGACGCCUCCUUCGUGGCAGCCAUCCCAUCUACCCAGGUCGUCUAUUUCUUCUUUGAGGAGACAGCCAGCGAGUUUGACUUCUUUGAGGAGCUGUACACAUCCAGGGUGGCUCAAGUCUGCAAGAACGACGUAGGCGGUGAAAAGCUGCUGCAGAAGAAGUGGACCACCUUCCUGAAAGCCCAGCUGCUCUGCGCUCAGCCAGGGCAGCUGCCAUUCAACAUCAUCCGCCACGCGGUCCUGCUGCCCGCCGAUUCUCCCUCUGUUCCCCGCAUCUACGCAGUCUUUACCUCCCAGUGGCAGGUUGGUGGGACCAGGAGCUCAGCAGUCUGUGCCUUCUCUCUCACGGACAUUGAGCGAGUCUUUAAAGGAAAGUACAAGGAGCUGAACAAAGAAACCUCCCGCUGGACCACUUACAGGGGCUCAGAGGUCAACCCGAGGCCAGGCAGCUGCUCCAUGGGCCCCUCCUCUGACAAAGCCUUGACCUUCAUGAAGGACCAUUUUCUGAUGGAUGAGCAUGUGGUAGGAGCUCCCCUGCUGGUGAAGUCUGGCGUGGAGUACACACAGCUUGCCGUGGAAACAGCUCAGGGCCUUGACGGGAGCAGCCAUGUGGUCCUUUACCUGGGUACCUCUACGGGGUCCCUGCACAAAGCUGUGGUGCCUCAGAAUAGCAGUGCUUAUCUUGUGGAGGAGAUUCAGCUGAGCCCUAACUCUGAGCCUGUUCAGAACCUGCAGCUGGCCCCCACCCAGGGUGCAGUGUUCGCAGGCUUCUCUGAAGGCAUCUGGAGGGUUCCCAGGGCCAACUGCAGUGUCUAUAAGAGCUGUGUGGACUGUGUCCUUGCCAGGGACCCUCACUGUGCCUGGGACCCUGAAUCAAGACUGUGCAGCCUUCUGUCUGGCUCUCCCCUGACUUGGAAGCAGGACAUGGAACGCGGCAACCCGGAGUGGGCAUGCGCCCGUGGCCCCAUGGCCAGGAGCCCCCGGCGUCAGAGCUCCCCUCAACUCAUUAAAGAAGUCCUGACAGUCCCCAACUCCAUCCUGGAGCUGCCCUGCCCCCAGCUGUCAGCACUGGCCUCUUACCACUGGAGUCACGGCAAAGCCAAAAUCCCAGAAGCCUCUUCUACUGUCUAUAAUGGCUCCCUCUUGUUGCUGCCACAGGAUGGCGUUGGGGGCCUCUACCAGUGCGUGGCCACUGAAAACGGCUAUUCGUACCCUGUAGUCUCCUACUGGGUAGACAGCCAGGACCAGCCCCUGGCACUGGAUCCUGAGCUGGCGGGCGUUCCCCGGGAGCGAGUGCAGGUCCCACUGACCAGGGUCGGAGGCGGGGCUUCUAUGGCUGCCCAGCGGUCCUACUGGCCCCAUUUUCUCAUCGUUACUGUCCUCCUGGCCAUUGUGCUCUUGGGAGUGCUCACUCUCCUCCUUGCUUCCCCACUGGGAGUGCUUCGGGCUCGGGGUAAGGUUCAGGGCUGUGGGAUGCUGCCCCCCAGGGAAAAGGCCCCACUGAGCAGGGAACAGCACCUCCAGCCUUCCAAGGACCACAGGACCUCUGCCAGCGACGUAGAUGCUGACAACAACCAUCUGGGCGCUGAAGUGGCUUAAACUGAGACACGGAUGGCUGACCAUGUUGGCUAGGCCAGGCAUGCACGGUGCCACUCUGACCAGGGUAGGAGGCUCUCCUGCUAGUGUGUGCCACCUACAGCACCCAGUAAGGCCUCCCUUGUGGGACUCUCUUAUGCAAGCACAUGGGCUGUCUCCACACCAUGGCAGAGAGACAGACAGGAUUCUUUGAUUUUGAUCGACCCCAAGAGCUCUCCUGCAACAAACAUUCUCCAGGACCCUGAAAGGUGUGGCUUUCUGUGGUGACAGACCCAAACAUCCAAGUGAGCUGGGGCCAUUCCUGCAAACUCCAUCCUGAAAGCUGCUGCUUUGAACACCAGCCCUCCCUCCUCCCAGGGUCUCCAAGAUUCUUUAUGGAGUUGGCCCCUUGUGUUUCCCUUACCAAUCAUGCCAUGUGUUUGGGAAAGUCAUUUCUGAAGUCUAACCACCUUCCUUCUUGCUUCAGUUUGGACAGAUUGUUAUUGUCUCUGCCCUGGCUAGAAUGGUGGGCAUAAUCUGAGCCUUGUUGUUCACUUGUCUAGUGUGGCUGACCCUUGACCUCUUCCUCCUCCCUUUGUUUUGGGAUUCACAACUGCUUGUCACAGACAAUUUAUUUUUUAUUAAAAAAGAUAUAAGCUUUAAACAAA